UUUAUUUUUUUUUGAAUGGCGGAAAGAUCCCCGAGCGAGAAGCGACGUCAAUAAAUAAUUUACAGACCAUGAAUUAUGUGGGUCAGUUGGCGGGCCAAGUGUUUGUGCAGGUCAAGGAGCUGUACAGAGGACUCAACCCUGCAACACUGUCUGGAUGUAUAGAUGUCAUCGUGGUCCGGCAGCCUGAUGGUUCCCUGCAGUGCUCCCCCUUCCACGUCCGCUUCGGGAAGAUGGGUGUUCUGCGGUCCGGUGAGAAAGUGGUGGACAUAGAGAUCAAUGGAGAGCCGGUGAGUUUGCAGAUGAAGCUGGGAGACAAUGGAGAGGCCUUCUUUGUCAAAGAGAUGGAGAACAGGCUGGAAGUAGUUCCGUCACACCUGGCAACAUCACCCAUCAUGUCAACGGGGGAGGAGUUAAUGGAGUCCCAGCUGGGUAGGGGCAGUUCUCGUCACCAUGACGGCAUCCCCUGCAUCUCACUUCCUGUCCAGAGCCUGGGACCCCACCAAAGUGAUGGAGGGAUAAACAAGAAGAGGAGGAAGAGGAGGAGGAAGGCACGGCCAGAGGGAGGCGGAGGGGGAGGAGGAGGGAGGAGAGAGGAGAGUGGGGAAGAGUUCUCAGAGGAUGAGGACAUGUUUACUAUUGACCUGAGCUCGGAUGAGGAGAGAGAGGGCGACGACAGCAGACUUAUGUACGGGGAUCAGGGGUCUACAGCCGUCACCCACACAUACCCCAGCACCGACUGGAACCGUUCACAGAGUCAUGUGAAUAAGGAGACACUCUCCAUCCCUCCACCCUGUGGUCUAUCCAUCUCUUGUCCUCAGCAGAUCUCUCACUUCUCUACCCUUGUUAGCAGCCACGAUGAUUCACGGUCAUCAACACCAAAGAGCGACUCAGAGCUAACCAGUCAGAAUAAAGACAACCCUGAAAUGCUAUGGACCUGGGGGGAGCUGCCACAGGCUGCCCAGCCGUCCUUCCUGACUUCCCACAUGAAGCAGGACCUUGCCACAGCAGUCUCCAUCCCAGUGUCCACCAGCACUCACUUCAGAGCCAUCAGUGAAACUGGACCCACCCCCCUCACUCUCUACACCCCCCAGCCAGGGGAGAGCACUGCUCAUGAUGAGGACAAGGACACUGAAGAAAGCAAACACAGAGCCAGAGAUGUAUUAACUGCUAAGACUGGGGACAGGACUGGAAGAGAUCAAGAGAUGGAGGGUCUAUCAGCUUGCUCAGUGUCUUCCCGGAUUCUCGCUGAUCAUCUGGACGAAGGCGGGAAUAGAGGAAGUCCCAUCAGAAGAACUGACUCACCAUCCAAGAGGAAAGAGAAGAGAAGCCAGCACCUGGGUGCUGAUGGCAUAUACCUGGAUGACAUUACAGAGCUGGAGCCUGAAGUAGCUGCUCUCUACUUCCCUAAAAGUGACGGAGGCAGCAGCUCAAUGAAAGGAGACUCAGAGAUGAUGAUGGUGGGAGUGCGGAGCGCUAAUCAGUCCCCCCAGUCAGUUGGCAGCAGUGGGAUGGACAGUGGCGUGGACAGUUUGUCUGACCAGUUAGGGGACCUGCCUCAUGUCGCCAUUUCUUUGUGUGGAGGACUCACUGAAAACAGGGAGAUCACAAGGGAGCAGUUCCAGGACAGGGCAGUUUCUUACCAGCAGUUCUCUGACAACCCUUCUAUUAUCGAUGACCCUAACCUGGUGGUCAAGAUAGGAAACAAGUACUACAACUGGAACACAGCCGCUCCUGUCAUGUUGGCUAUGCAGGUCUAUCAGAAACCUCUGUCGCAGGCCUCAGUUGAAAACAUCAUGAAGGAGAAGAUGCCAAAGAAAGGAGGACGCUGGUGGUUCUCAUGGAGGAGCAGGAACAGCGACUCCAAAUCAGAAUCAGUGACAGAGGCAGGAGGAGACCAAGGAGAGAGCUCACUCACUAUGGCCUCAGUGAACAGAUUGAAGGAUGAGUCAUCCUCGAGUGAUGAGGACCACAGCUCCUCAAAUCAGGUGUCAGGAUCCUGCCAGUCAGAGCCCCUCAUGAGUUCUGGCAGCGUCUGCUAUAAGAAGACUCUACGUCUCACCUCAGAGCAGCUGGCUAGUCUGCAGCUCAAGGAGGGUCCUAAUGAUGUGGUGUUCAGUGUGACCACUCAGUACCAGGGCACCUGUCGCUGCCAUGGCACAAUCUAUCUUUGGAGCUGGGAUGACAAGAUAGUCAUCUCUGAUAUAGAUGGAACCAUCACCAGGUCCGACACCCUGGGUCACAUCCUCCCAACACUGGGUAAAGACUGGACGCACCAGGGUAUCGCCCGACUCUACCACAGAGUCAGCCAGAAUGGAUAUAAGUUCAUGUACUGCUCGGCGAGAGCCAUCGGCAUGGCUGAUAUGACGCGAGGGUACCUGCACUGGGUCAAUGAGAGGGGGACCAUGCUGCCAAUGGGCCCGGUGCUGCUCAGCCCCAGCAGUCUUUUUUCUGCCUUGCACAGGGAGGUGAUUGAGAAGAAACCAGAGAAGUUUAAGAUCGAGUGUCUUACAGACAUCAAGCAACUUUUCUACCCAAACACCGAACCUUUCUACGCUGCUUUUGGCAACAGAGCUACGGACGUGUAUUCCUAUAAGGAGGUGGGUGUUCCUCUGAACAGGAUUUUCACUGUCAAUCCCAAGGGGGAGCUGAUACAGGAGCAUGCCAAAACCAAUAUCUUCUCCUAUGGGCGUCUCUGCGAUAUAGUCGACAAUGUCUUCCCAGUCCUAGUUCAAGAUGAGGGAGCAGACUUCCCCUGCUCGGACACUUUUGGCCAUUGCAGCUACUGGAGAAAACAACUUCCUGAUGGCACCAACCAGGAAGAUGAAGACCCACAGCCCCUUGAGACAAGCUGAGGAAACCCCCUUGAAUCCAGCUUCAAGGUCGCUGCAUUCCAGCUUUCCUUUGCAUGGCAGUCAGUCAUCGUAAGACACUUUGCUCAGCAGUUUUGUGAUUCAUCAUGAAGCCGGCAGCCAGGAUUAAGAGUGAAGAUGCUGAUUAUUUUAGAAUCAAAGACUUAUCCAAGAACUGUGUGGGAAACACAUACAUUAUAAAUGAAUUGAGCUCUUUGGCUCCUUCAAAGUCUCAAAGAUGUUACUUAAGAUAAGUAAAUGCGACUACUGAUUCAAAGUAGAUGAAGGAGUUUUCAAUAUUCCACAUAAACAAAUAAUUGUGCCAUCAUUCAAAAGUGAGAACGGCAGUCCUGGAAAGUCCUGUGUAAGGCGAAAACUAAAAAGAGGAUGUGACACUGCUGUGUCAGAAAAAGAAAGUCAGAAAAGAGAGAACAACCCAAACGAAUUUCAACAGCAGCUUGGGAGUGAGUCUAACUGGUGGUAAUGCCAGAGGAAGGUUCAACAUAGGCUCAAAGACACAAGUGCACUGACUCACGACACACACAAAAACAUCUGUAAAACUUGUGAAGGCAUUCCAUACGCAAUGCACAACACUGCACAACACAGGUAUAAUAUCCCUUGCUGCAUGUCUUUUAGCUCUGUAGGAGAUUCCUUGGACUGGUUACCAUUCUCUCCCUCAUCCCGCACCACUUUGUAUUUACACUGGUGGAUAGGAAAGCUGCCACACAAAACAUAUGCUUGCAAGGGUUUGCAAGGGUAAAAAGGAAUUUUUGUCGGGGAUGCACCAAUAUGGUAUGGCUGGUAUCAAACACAACGAAAGUAUUAAUAGAUCUGCCCAUCUUCCAGUGAUCAGCGGUCAUAAGCUGCCCCUAAGCGUUGGGUCAAGUUCACUGAAACAUAAGGACUUAUCCAUGUCAAUUAAAUAAGACGUUAUCUAACAGAAAUCCUGCUCUACUCCAAAAAAUUCCACACAAGCAAUCCAUCCAGAUUACUUACACAUCCAGCUUCCACAACUGACACUAAAAUAUAAAUUACAUAUAUAUUUCAGCUUUUCAAAUCUCAAAUUAUCCUCU